AUGUCAAAAUCUGGAACCAUCUCCUUGAAAAAAUCUGCCAAAGAAGGUCGUCGUAUUUUCAAAAACAAAAAUGAUGGAGUUUAUAUUGUUUUUGAGAAAUGGGUUGCAGGAAAUAUUUGGGUUAUAUUCAUAAAAGACAAUAAAAUUAUUGAUAUCCCAAAAGGUUAUAUGUUUCAAUACUCUUACGGUGAUAAAACCAAAGAUCAAACUAAAGGAA